AUGAUGACCUCAUCUCGUCCCCGCGAUGUCGCCAGCAGUUUCGCAAACCGGCGGGGUCAUGCUAAUCAGCUUUCCAUAUCCGACACCAAUCACCACAUCACCGAGACGAUAGGUACCUUGUACGGCGACGACGAUGACUACCAGACACAACCACACGACUCGCGGCCCAUGAGCUUCAUCGCUUCCCCGUAUGGGGGCGAGCAAAUCAGCCGCCACCUGUCCUCCUCCCCUGAGGAGUCGCGACUCAGACAAGUCCGCUCACAUUCGGAUAACGAUGUUGAGCAGGUCUCGGCACCUUCGACUGCAAACGGAAGCGCGGCCAAGAAAUCUCACCCACUUCCGAACCGAAUGCCGAGUGAAAGAAGCUUGUCGGGAGGCCAACACUCACCCAGAUCACCGUUGUCUCCGACUUUGCGUGAAAUGACGGGCGAAGAGGGGUCACAAUUCCCCAUGGGCAACAUCGAGAAUGCGAACGACAUAGCCAAGGAGUUCAACAAUCUUCAGGCCCUGAGGCGCAUGUCCAUGGAUGUCUCUAACAACUCCGACCCAGAUCUGCUGCCCUUUUCCGGUGUCUCUCUGAUGGCAAUGCCCUCGAUUGCGCCACAAGGCGACGAUGAUGAAGGCGAUCCAUCUCGAUUGCUUUGGGUGCCUGCCGGUGUUCAUCCCGAACUAGCACCGACUGAGUUCAAAAACUUCCUCGAAAAGCGAGUCCAAUCAAUUAAGAGGAGGUCCAGCGAGUCCAAUUCGUCCCUUUCUGUAGACGGCUUAGACAGAAGCAACAGCGGGCUAAGAAGGAAAAAAUCCAUGCUAUCCAGGCAAAUCGACAAUGUCGGCGGACGUGCGGCUGAAGGCUACAUGGAUGGCGCAGAGCGCUUGAAGAGAAGGGACUCAUCGGGCUACGCAACCCCUGAGGGCUUAAGUCUAGAUGAACUUGUCAACGACCCUACGAAGGCUGUACAGAAACUCACCUUGGAAUCUCAACAACCUAGUGGUGACAACGAGGCUGAUAGGCCAAUACUGCCAAUGCCACCUGGUAUGGGCCUCAAGCGGUCGACUCGGACACAGUACCGUAAGGGUGGGAGUCUCCGGGACACCAAAGGUUCUGGCAGGGGGGCAAGUUACAAAACCCGUAUGGCUGCGCGAAUCAACGAAGAGGCUGGUGGUGAUGGUAAUGCCACGGCAUCUCCGGUGGAUGCGCCCAAAGGGCACACAUUAUCACGAAUACAAUCUGAACCCGUAGGAGCUGCUGCUGAUAGUUCUUCGCGGCCUUCGCGGUCAGUCCGGAGGCAGCAACCUUUCACGAGAGAAACUAGUGGUAACCAGUCGGAUGGGCCACAACAAGCAUAUCAGGAUACAAUUUCCGAGGAGGCUAUAGACACUAGCCAUUCGGAUGUUAGUGAAGGUCUUCAUUCGCCUCACCCAUUAAUCCCACAAAUCAUUGAGACACCAGCUGUUGAAGAACCUUUGGCGUCACAGCCCGCGCCUCAAUCGAGCCCUUAUCCGGAGCGGUCCUCCUCUCAGAGUGCCAAUGCGCAGCCCUCCCUGGAAUACAAUCAAGUUCCCGAGGAGCCCCCCGCUCGGUCAAGCAGACGACCAAAUUACGGGCAGCUCCAAGCUCAGCAGCAGCAGCAGCAGCAGCAGCAGCAGCCACAGCCUGUCCCACAAUCGCAUCAGAAAACCGAUCAUAGUUCAAAUGAUGUCGUUCAGCAACCGUCACCGUUGCCUGGAGCCAAUUCCACCAGAACUGAUAGUCUAACUUUUAUCCCAACAUUUGCCGCUUCUGAAGAGAGGAAGACGGAUAAGAAGGGUAAGAAAGAUUCCGGUAGCGGUUGGGGUAAAUGGGGAAUCUUCAAGAGUGAUGACAAGGACAAGAAAAAGAAGGAAGAAAAGAAGGACAAGGAAGACGAGAACAGGAGGUCAAAAACAAAGGUGGUCGUGGAGAAAACACAUGAUAAUGUUCGCUUGGAUGUCCUACAAACCUCAAUUGAUAAUGUCAAGCAGAAAGGUCGGGAGAGUCUCCUGUUGGAACGCGAAAGCGCAGACGACAAGUUGGAAGAGGAAAGGAGGAAGGAAAGCCAUCGCAAGAGUGACUCGAAGAAAGAAAAGGACGGUUUUCUUUCCAACAUCUUCGGCGGCAAAAAGAAAGGAGACAGAGAAUCAGGUGGGAGAAAGUCACAGGGCCAGUGUGCCCUUUCCCCGGAGCCAGCGCCGUGGAGAGAGCUCGUGCCGGAUACAGAUUAUCACUGGACCAGAUUUCCCAUACUGGAGGAGCGUGCUAUCUACAGGAUGGCUCACAUCAAACUGGCAAAUCCCCGGCGUGCACUGCAUAGCCAAGUUCUGCUCAGCAAUUUUAUGUACGCUUAUCUGGCCAAGGUCCAAGCGAUGCAUCCCCAAAUCCAAGUACCACAAUCGCCUCAGCAGAAAAGACUUCAGGAGGAAGAAAGAAAACGACGAGAGCAGCAGCAGCAGCAGCAGCAGCAGCAACAGCAGCAGCAACAGUACCUGGAACAGCAGCAGUAUUUGGAGCAACAACAAUACUUGGAACAGCAACAGCAAGCUCAAGAUAAUAACAUGGGUCAAUACGAAUUUGAGUACCACCGGUCAUCAAAUGCAUAUGGUGACUCACACCCGCAGCAGACAGGAGACUAUCCUGAAGAUGCUGAGGUGUACGACUACGAACAUGGCAAAGAUCAAUAUGAUGGUCACGGUGGUUACCAGCAAGAUGAUCGGCGACGCAACGACCAGGAUGACAUGUGGUGA